UUAAUAGCAUAAAAAAUACUAUUAGUAGAGGGAUUAUCAAAAUAUAGGGAGCAUUAUAGAUUUUUCAUUUGUGGUUCAGGGACGGAUCUGGUAGCGAGUGUUCGGAAAGGGAUCGGAGAUGGGAGGAGGUCAUGGACACGGCGGCGUUACGUAUAAAGGGGUCACCAUCCACCAUCCCAAACGCUGGCAUACCGUCACCGGGAAGGGAUUGUGUGCCGUCAUGUGGUUUUGGGUUCUGUACAGAGCUAAGCAGGAUGGACCUGUAGUUUUGGGGUGGAGGCAUCCUUGGGAAGGUCAUGGCGAUCAUGGACAUGAUCGGCAUUAGGUCCAAUGUCGAGUUUGAGGCAUGGUUGCUCUGUAAACUCUCACCUUGGUGAGCUUUUGUUGUAUGUGUGGGAUGAUGUAUUUGCCUUUGUAUCAUCAGUUCUUUGGUCUUUACAAUUCAAUAAGUGGGCAAAAAGGAUAUAUUGUUGUUAAUUGUUAUCAACCAGACCAUUCAAAAAUCAGAUCAUUGUGCACUUAAUUUUGCUUAAUCUUUUUGGGUGCUGAUGGAGUGCGUAGUAUUAGUCUAUGGGGGCAAUGUCAAGUCAUCCUUAGUCGAUCUAUAAAUAUAUAUAACCCAAUCACUUUGGAUCUUUUGACAUUGAUGUCUACCGUGCUCGUUGGUAAAAUUGUUGGUUCCUAUGCCUUCAACCUCCUCGAGCCAAAUCUUGCUUCUUGCCUUAAUGUAAUAUACAACAGAGUAUGCU